CUUGCCUUAACUAUCCCAGUUAAAAUCAGAUCAAAAUGUUUACCAAGCUACGCAAGUUUUAUUCUGCAAAUAAUGCAGUUAGGCCCGCAGAAGAGCCAUACUGCUCGAAGGACUUGGCGAGUUUGGAAAAGGACGCCAAUGUCAAGAAAAGAAGAGCCGAGAAUGUUCUCAACCGAAUGCAGCAGCUGCUUUUAUUUCUGGGAAUCAUAAUCUUUUGCCCCGUGAUGAUUUUCUGCGCCUUCAAGUUUUUUGUAAUGGAGCCGAUUUAUGGGAAGGGUGAUACCAACGUGGCAAUUGGAUCUUCAGUGGCCACAAUUAUUGUGAUGCACGUCAUAAUAACAGCGUAUAUUCUGCGCCUCAUUUUCGUGCAGGAGUUUUCCCGAAUGGAAAAACUGGAGGUGUGGGCCGAGUGGGAAAUCCUAGUUCCACCGCCCACCCAAAUGCACGGACCCGUGUUUAUUGUCCUGCUGCUGAUGUUCUACUGCUUCUUGAUCAUUGGAUUCCCCAUAGCCACCUUUUUUGCCCUCAAGUUUGUGGUUCUGAAGAGUUUCGCGCACAUCGAUGCCGACAUUAUCUCCGCCAUUUGUACAGUAGUUGCCGUGCAUGCAGGAGUUGGCUUCUAUAUUUACCGGGCCAUUUAUACAAAGAGCGCCACCGCUAAAAACAAUCGGGAAAGCGGAAAGGUGUUCUUGUAAUUUGCCUAACUAAAUAAUAUCUAUAAAUGUAAUUGCAUUUGCAUAAUGAAUAAAAUAUUAUGCUUUUUAUAUUAUAA